AUGUCUCUCAAGCAAUAUCUUGUCAUCGGCCGCCCAUACCCAACAAAGGAAAUUGCCAACCCACCAGCCGUCCGUGUUCAGGUUUUCGCCCCAGACGAGGUCAUUGCCAAAUCUAAAUUCUGGACAGUUGCUCAGCGCAUCGCCCGCUUGAAGAAGGCUCACGGCGAAGUUCUCGCUGUCAAGCACGUUAUCGAACCAGAACCAACACGUGUUAAGAACUACGGCAUCUGGCUCUCAUACCGCUCAACACGCAACCACCACAACGUCUACAAAGAGUACCGUGAUACAACAACAGAGGGAGCUGUUACAAAGAUGUUAGCUGAACUUGCCGGCACACACGACACAACAGCUGACAACAUCUCAAUCAUCAAGGUUGCUGAAGUUGCUGAUAAGGAUCUCGUCCACAAGAACAUUUCUCAGUUCACACACGAGAACAUUAAGUUCCCAAUCCUUAAGCAGUCCAUCCGCGCUCCAACAGUUGCUGCUAGAAAGGUCUUCUCUGGCGUUCGCCCAACAGUUUGCGGCUUCUAA